UAUCCUCAUCCUUUCUUCUCUUUUUCGUUUUCUUCAGUCUGUACUUAUCCUAUGAUAUUUAGCUUACCUAAAAAAGAAAUAAUUUGGCCGCCAUGUCACAAAAUAAUAAUAAUAAUAAUUGAGUGACCAAAGACCACCCAAAAACCUCAUCAGCAAACCAAAAUCUUCUUCUCUAUAUAUACCAUCGAUAUGGCAUGUGUUUUUCAAGGUGAGUAAGGCAAUUAAUUGAUAAAAUGAGUACUCAUGUGGAGUCAUCAACAAUUGGCGGCAAAGAGAGUGCUCCUUCAAAGAGUUUGUGGGGAAAGUUUCUGAGCCUUGUAGAUAGAUUUUUGAGAGAUGAGGAUACAGAGAAGUGGGUUAAAAACAUGAGAGGGAGUGUGAGUUUGACAGCUUCUAUAAUCGCCACUAUGGCCUUUCAACUCGCCACUAACCCACCCGGCGGCGUCUUUCAGGCAAAUGGCGGCGAUUCAGUAGCUAAGAUAAAAAGUUGUCUAGACAAUGAUGCCAUUCAAUGCCCUGGGGAAGCAGUGUUGGCUGUUGUGAAUGAGGAUGAUUAUAGUUUGUUCUUGACGUUCAACACCAUCUCCUUCAUCUCAUCCCUCAGUGUUUGUCUAUUACUUGUGAGUGGAAUCCCUCUCAAACAUCGAGUCAUCAUCUGGAUUUUGUCAAUCGGCAUGUGCAUCUCCAUCACUAGCUUGGCUCUCACCUACUUGGUUGCGGCCUCCAUGGUCACCCCAAAUCACGUUUGGGGUAACGUAUUUGCUCUAGCCCUCAUAAUUUGGAUUGGCUUGCUAGGAAUUGUGAGUGUUUAUCUCAUCAUACGAAUGAUUUACAGUGUGGGUAAAUGGAUCACUAAAUGUUAUCGCCCAUUUAAUUCGCAUUUUAUUGUUUAAAGAUGUAUGUGUGUUAAUUAAGUAGUUUUCAUUUCUUCUCUUUGGGUUUAAUUUCUUUUCUAGCAGCACAUGUAAUUGCUUUUGAUAUCUAUAUAGUUUGUGGAUUUGUAUCCUUUAGAGCUGGGAAAAUAUAUAUAUUUAAUUUGCAAGGAGUGUA